CUAACCUCACGCCUUCCUCAAUAGGAUCAUCGACCGUUUACCCGAGGCAGGAAGCUCCAUCAUUAAACAACCGAUCACGCACUUGACGCGUCUCUGCGGCAGGCUGCAUACAUUCUUUCCCAGCCGAGCCGCUUGACGUUCCGAAACCCAGAGACGGCCAUUUCUUGACGUGUAUUUUACCUCGGACUCGUAUCGACACUCGCUUCAUCUCUACUCCAGCACCGGCGCAACCGGUUUAUCGAGUCUCUACUUGCGGUGCAGUGCACCGCGAUCUCUUCGGAAAAUAUGAGUGUUGUAUACGAGCCGCGGAACUUCAUCCACGACGGCAGCUAUCCGCCGAUGGAUGACCAUCACGACCCGUCCCCGGAAGCCGACCGUUUUACCGACCCCACCGAUGCCGUCGUCAAUGAGCUAGCAACAACGGUAGCAACGUUUACCGCCCCGCACUCGCAGUUCGUCGACACCGCCGAGACUCGGCUUGACCUUCCGGCCGCGCCUCCCACGACGACCGCGACGUCGCCUCCCAAAGAAGAGUCGCCGAAUGCGACGACGCCUCAGCGCAUCAAGGCGAUUCCCAAGCCCGAUCGCGAGGUGACCAGGAACCUAGAGGGCAAGUUCAUCUGCACCUGGCCGGGCUGCUCCGAGGAGCCCAAAGAAUUCGUGCGCAAGUGCGAGUGGAAUAAACAUAUGGAUAAGCACGAUCGACCCUACAAAUGUGGAGCAGCGGGGUGUGAGAAGCUUCCCGGCUUCACAUAUUCCGGCGGCCUGCUGCGACACGAGCGCGAGGUCCACGGCAAGCACGGCGGGCCCAAGAACUCGUUUUAUUGUCCACAUCCGAACUGCAAGCGCCAUUCCGGCAAGGGAUUCUCUCGCCAGGAGAACCUCAACGAGCACCUCCGCCGUGUGCACACCCAAAAUGGAACCGCGCUGAACGGCACCGAGGGCGAGACGGACGACGGCGCGAGCGACAACGCGGUGGCGGGCGGCCAGAAGCGCAAGCGCGAGGACCGGAGCGAGAAGGACGGCGACCUGCGCGAGGAGAUCAAGCGCGUGCGCCAGGAGAACGAGGAACUGCGGCGCCAGGUACAGGCGCAGACUCAGCAGACGGUCAUCAUGAUGCAGAAGAUCACGGCGCUUCAGCAGGCGCUCGAGACGCGUAUGCCGACCGCCGUACCGACCGCUCCGAUGGCGACUGCGACGAUGAUCUAGGAAACAUCCGGCGCGGGCUUCGUUGCCAACGGCCUGCCCAGCGAGGAUCGUCAUUACGACUUCGAGAGUUCCUAUCCGCCACCCUGAGUGCGGCACAUUUUCUCGACAUCCCGGAAGCCACAGACUUGGUUUCUUAUCUCUACUACUCUGAUUUCUUCUAUUUUCUUUCUUUGUUUUUCGAACGCACAUUCGGCUUCCUUAGCUUGCACGUUUGCACCAAUGAUUCCCCUCUCUUUCCAUGGCCGAGUCUAACGGCCGUUGAAACGAGAAUUGCAUGGAUCAGGAGUUUGGGAUUCUCCACGAUGGUUUAGCUUAUGAACGGUAUAUUGUAUCACGGAUAUCAAGGUUUUGAAAGGGGGGGCG